UUUUUUUUUAAAUUUAGGAUGUCAAAACAAGCCAUCACAACACAGGAUUCCAUCACGGUGGAGACAUCGUUUGGAGAACAUGUCAUAGAGUUGUGUUAUGGCGACAUUACAGAACUUCCGGUGGAGGAGAAAGUGGACAUCGUCAUGGUUUCCGCUUUUAUUGGCGACUAUACCCCGGUGCAUAGAUCUUUGAUAGGAGCGCUGGAACACAAUCUGGGAAUAUCCGUGCGUAAACUUUCAAAGCAUAAAGACAUGGAUCUCCGUGUUCACUACUCCUGCUGGAUUUCAAAACCGUUACCCCCGGGCCUACCGUUUGGGCGUGUGCUAUGCUUUGAAAAAACUAGGGGAAGUAGUGAUGAUUCACUCACUCGACAAAUUAGAGACGUGUUCAAAGUUUUGGUCCCUGUCCUAAAAAACCAGAACACAACAAUCAUUACACCUUUACUGGCCACAGGAAACCAGCGCUCAGAUAGGACAUUGGUUCUACAGGCGACAGUGCAGGGUGCCAUCAGCUGGAUCCAGGCAGGACUUCCACUGAAAAAGUUAAAAAUAGUAGUGUUUGGCGAUCAAGAUGAUGAUCUUAACAAAUGUUUCUCUAGUUUAAAAGGGGUACAUAUGAAAGCACACAAGAAACAGAAAAACGAUCCUUCCUACGAUAUAUUUCUUGUUUACCAACCAAGUGAUUUGACAAUAGUAAAGACAUUAUCCAAGAAUCUUUGCAACCGGAAAAAUGAUUUAUCUAUUUACUCCAAUCCUUCCACAUUUAAUGAGAAAGAAGUAUGGCAACAAAGCAUCUUUGAUCUUAUGAUGGGAAGUAAAAGAAUUGUUCCAGUACUGACCUCUAAUUUCGUUCAGAGUGGAGAAUGUUUGGAGAUGUUUAAUAUGGCGAUCUGUUGUACCCGUCGCCGGGGGAAGGAUUUUCUAGUCCCCUUGUAUUUCGAGACAAUUCAAAUUAUUCCAGUCAGCAUUAGUCUGGUUCAAUUCCUUGACUGCAGAGUACGAAAGGAGGGUGAGACGGCUGAGGAAAAGAUGGAAGCCGCAUGCGUUCGACUUUUAUUGACAGAGCCAAAAAAGGAGGAACAUAUUAUUAAUGAGAAAGAAGACCAAUUCAGUCAUGACGUCUUUAUUUCGUACGCUCACAAAAAUCCCAAUGAAGGACACUUAUUGCUAGAAGAGUUUGAAAAACAGUUUCCAGAACUUGACGUUUUCUUUGAUAGGCAGGAUUUAGAAGUCGGCGGUCUGUGGCAGAAGAGUCUGUAUUACUCCCUGGACUCGGUGAAAUGUGUUAUCGCCCUUGUAUCAAGCAGUUAUCUGUCGUCUGUGAUUUGUCAAGAAGAAUUCAAUAUCGCUUUGUACCGAUGUCAUAAGACACCGGAAGAUUUUCUUCUCAUACUUGUUUGCAUUGAGGAUCUGGCAUCUGUCCCUUGUAUCUACGGUGAACAUAAACUGAUAGACGGCCGAGGAAACCAGUACAAUGAACUGGUCCCCAAUCUUGUUAAGGAUGUAGCAUACUGGGUUCUAGAAAAGAAAAGACCACAUUAUGUCGCAAAUACAUCUAAAAAAGUUUCUCAAUAUUUUGACUUUGCAAAGAAGGCUGAAAUUCGAAAGAGAGAAAUAUAUGACAAUUAUAGAGUGAAAAUAAAUAGCAUCGAGAGAAAGGUUCCUUUUGAUAUGACACCUUUGGACCAGUCUCCUUGUCACGUGGUGGUCAGCGUCAGUCAGAAUGACCUCAGUUUGGCCACAAGUUUGUUGUUUCAGCUACAAAAAAUUAGUCCAGACAUCAACACUGUUCUUAUCAGUGACAACACAGGCAUUGACUUGAAGUGCUUACAGACAGCUCAAAAGAUCGUUGUUUUUAUAUCAAAACAGUAUCUAGAAUCAGCUCAUCACUUAGAGGAACUAUUUAUCGCCAUCAUUCGCCAGCGGAGUGAAAAAGAGAGGAAGGUGUUAUACGUCUGUCGAACCAUGGAAGUAGAGGAACCUUCCUUUGCAAAUUUGUUACCAGUAGAUGUGUGUUUGGGGGAUGAGUUCUGGGGGAAGAUGUUCAAAGAAUCAAGCAAAACGGUCAAGCUGGAUUUAAUGGAAUUGAAAGGGUCAUUCUCAUAUAGAUCGCAAGACUUCGCAGCCAUGACCAAAUUAGCAGAUGACAUAUUGCUUGAAUUUACAGGUCACACACAUUCUAAACAAUCACCAAUCAUUGCAAAUGCAGGGAAGGAAAACUCAAAUGUGAUGCUGGCAUUAGAGAAGUGUCUUUUAAAAACGGGACUUUCUUCCAAGAAAUUGGGGGCAAAUUCAAUGGAAGCUAUUUCCAAAUCUCCGUCAAAAGAAAGCAGCCUGUCUAAAGAGAGAACACAUGAUGUACCAAAAUCAGAACCUCUCACCUCACCAAAUAUCCAAUCAAAUGGAUCAAAUGAGAAAACAGAUGAUGCACCAAAAUCAGAACCUCCCACUUCAGGGAGCAACCAAUCAAACAAGUCAUUUGCAAAAUCUACAUCUAAAAGUGCAUCAACUAACACUGGAAACAAAUCUUCAUCAUGCAAUAUUCUCUGAACUUCUACAUCAACUGGUCACACAAUUUUUUUUACCUUUUUUGAAACUCACCGACUCCUUGUAAUAUUUACAACUUUGUUAUAUAGUUAACACUGCAUAAUUACUGUUAUUGUAUACAUCAGAGAUAACUCGGAGACAUAAUAUGAUUAAGAAAUAAAUGCUCUAUUUUUCUAUAUUUGCUAAGAUAUAUUGGUCAAAGGAGGAUUUUGUACAGUAACACGGGUACAAUAUGUAGUGAUAUUUAUUGCCUGUUGUUAUUAUUAUUCAUUUUUA